AUGGAAAAAAAUUUUAAUCAGCUCAAAGAUACGGUUUUUGUCAUCCCAGCAAAAAAUGAUCAAUACAUAAACAUAAAACUUCUAAAGUUCUCACAUUUUGUCAAAACCUGUCACUGCCCCCAAAUGCACGAGAUAUUAUUCAUAGCAAAAAAAUAUUCCCUACAAUCGCCUGACCUAAUACUGAUAUUUUUACAAAUCCGAUUGAAAAACCCGGAGGUGAUACGGUCCAUGGGGCCGAGGACCUCGAUACAAAUCGGUAAAAACUCCAUCGAGGGGAGAGCUCCGUCGUACUUUUUGAUCUUCUCGUCAGAUGCGCUAAGGGAAUGCCACGAAGCGCCUGAUCUGACUUCAAAGUGUUCUUGGCUCCUACUUAUACCAGUUCCAUUCAUAUAUUCUUAUCAUUUCAAUCACUGA